AUAAUGCCGGAGGGAUACACUAAAGCCACCGCCUGGCUUCAAAUCCAGAGCCUGCUGAACAGCAUUAACCACAUGCUCAUCUUCCUGGUGGCCGCAUUCUUCUUCGUCCUGGCGCGCAGCCUGAACUUCCAAGACACCGCCAUGCAUAUGUUCAUGACUGGCAUCGGAUUCCACGUCCUUAUCGCCCAGGCCAUGAUGUCACACUACAAAGUUAAUCCCGUCACUCGUUGGCUGUCGCACCGCAACAAGUCGCGAUUCCAUGCCAUCCUCCAAAUCGUAGGCGGCUCCAUGGUUCUGUUGGGGGGAAUUGGAAAGUUUUCGAACAAGGAUGUGCACUUCAACACAUGGCACGGACGAGUGGGCGCUACUGCCACCUUCGGCUGUGCGGCCAGCAUCGUCGGCGGUUUUGUUAAUUAUUUCCAGCCAAAGUUCGCUUUGAAGUUCUUCCCUCCAUCGGAACUGCGCUUUCGUCAUAACUUAUUCGGCCUCAUCACCUUUAGCGUGGGCAUGGGAGCCAUCUAUCUGGGCUACUACUCCAAGUUCUUCACCAAGUUUGUGGAUAACAACUUUAUUCCAGGCAUGAUGCUGGUCACUGCGCUGGUGUAUGUGCUCACCAUCAUCUCGCCGGUUCUCUCCCUGCUGACUAAGCUCAGGUAUAGGUCUAAGAAGAAGGCGGAGAAGCAGGUCCAGUAGAUCAGGGGCAGGAGGACGAGGCAGAGACCAUUGAGGCUUACACAGGACUUUGACAGUACAAAAAUAAAGAGCCUGGCGCCUUGCCAAA